AUCAGAGGGCGAGAGGAAAAAAUGUUUCCUGUGUGGAUAGUGACCUUGGCUUCGCCACCGACCAUAGCAUAGGUAUGAAUAAUUGAAAAUAAAUAAAAUCUACGAUAUUGACUAUUUCACAUGACAGCUAGCAAAAAGGACACUAGCAACUUAAACGACCAUAAAACGCCCACAACGCUCACAGGAUGACUAUCAACAUCUCAAAGAGUGGAAGAAUGAAGAAGGGAAAAAGUUGUUCCUGAUGACCGGUUCCUCCACCGUAACCCCCAGACUAGACCCAGCGGCCACCCGCUUGCCCACAUGCAGGCCAAGAAAAGGUAUCUUCUAGUGUCAUUCGGCGUCUGUCUUUUGCUACUUUUCUACCUGGGAGGAGCGCGGUUCGGACAAUCGCCCUCGCAUUUAUCCUCAUCCUUGCCUGCGGAUCAUUUUCACCACGAUCUUGGAAACCAGGGUUCAGUCCCAAUCAGACGCCUCUGGCCAGUGUGGAUAAACGCACUGAAUAGCUAUUUCGGCUCCGAGGACGGACGAAGCGAUGAAGAGGAGGCAGCCCAACUUGGUCUCAACCCUGGACUUUCCCCAAGGCAGAAGAGGGAGAUCAAAGCGAACGUUUAUAAGAACCGAAAAUGCAGGAUGGAGACCUGCUUCGACUCCUCUCUCUGCCAAAGAAACGGAUUCAAAGUGUAUAUCUACCCGGCUCAAAAGGGGGAGAAGAUUUCUGAAAGUUACCAGAAAAUCGUUACGACUAUCGAGGAUUCUAGGUAUUAUACAUCAGAUCCGAGACAAGCAUGUUUGUUUGUUCUCGGCAUUGAUACCUUGGAUCGAGAUCAGCUUUCAUUUCAGUAUGUUCAUAAUGUAAAAGCUAAAAUUCAGAGUCUCCCAUUGUGGAAUGACGGGAGAAAUCAUCUUAUAUUCAAUCUUUAUUCAGGAACCUGGCCUGAUUAUACGGAAGAUUUAGGAUUUGAUAUCGGGCAAGCUAUGUUAGCUAAAGCCAGUAUCGGUAUGGAUAACUUCCGAUCAAAUUUCGAUAUAUCCAUUCCCUUGUUUUCCAAAGAGCAUGCUCAAAAGGGAGGCGAAAGGGGCUGGCUUAUGUACAACAAUGUGCCACCCACAAGAAAAUACUUACUAGUUUUUAAAGGUAAAAGAUACCUAACUGGCAUUGGCUCAGAAACCAGAAAUGCCUUGUAUCAUGUACAUAAUGGAGAAGAUAUUAUUUUGUUAACCACUUGUAAACAUGGGAAGGACUGGGAAAAACACAAAGAUGUCAGAUGUGAUAAAGACAAUGAGGAAUAUGAAAAGUUUGAAUACCAGGAAUUGCUUCAUAAUUCAAGCUUUUGUCUUGUCCCAAGAGGCAGGAGACUGGGCUCUUUCCGAUUUCUGGAGGCUCUUCAGGCUGCAUGUAUCCCGGUAUUACUGAGUAAUGGAUGGGAGUUGCCAUUUUCAGAGAUCAUAGAUUGGAAUAAAGCAGCAAUUAUUGGAGAUGAGAGGCUUCUUCUUCAGGUUCCUUCAAUUACUAGAUCUAUCCAUCAUGAGAAAAUAUUGGCACUUAGGCAACAAACACAAUUCCUGUGGGAUGCUUAUUUUUCUUCUGCAAAAAAAAUAGUAUUAACUACUUUAGAGAUCAUACAUGAUAGGAUAUAUUCACAUAUAGCAAGAAAUAAGUUCAUAUGGAAUAAACCACCAGGUGGACUCUAUAUACUACCACAGUAUUCUACAAAUUUAGCUGCUCUUCCUUUUUAUUAUUUAAGUUUAGGCAUCAGUCCAGCUAAGGAGUUCACAGCUGUCAUUCAGGCAGUUUCACCUCUUCUGACACAGUCACAGCCUAUAUUUAAACUGAUAUUAGCUGUAUCAAGAUCAAAAUACUGCAAGCAGAUUGUAGUGCUAUGGAACUGUGAUAGAUCAUUACCUUCCAAGAACAAGUGGCCCUCCACCCCAGUGCCUAUAACUGUAAUUGAAGGAGAAAGCAAGAGCAUGAGCAACCGCUUUUUCCCAUACGAGGUCAUCCAGACAGAUGCUGUCCUCAGUUUAGAUGAAGAUACAGUGCUGUCAAACAAUGAGGUUGAUUUUGCCUUCAUUGUAUGGCAUAGUUUCCCAGACCGGAUAGUUGGUUACCCAGCCCGAAGUCAUUACUGGGACAACAGUAAGGGACGAUGGGGGUAUACCUCAAAGUGGACUAAUGAAUAUUCCAUGGUUCUGACUGGCGCAGCAUUUUAUCACAGAUACUAUCACUACUUGUACAGCUAUUACUUGCCAGCCAGUCUUCACAACAUGAUAGACCAGAUGACGAACUGUGAAGAUAUCCUAAUGAACUUUCUGGUUUCGGCCAUCACCAAACUUCCUCCAAUUAAAGUCACACAGAAAAAACAGUAUAAGGAAACAAUGAUGCAGCAGGGAUCAAAGACUUCCCGCUGGGCUGAUCCAGAUCACUUUGCACAACGCCAGACCUGCAUGAACACUUUUGCCAGCUGGUUUGGCUUCAUGCCUCUCAUUCACUCACAAAUGAGGUUGGAUCCUAUUCUUUUCAAAGACCAAGUCUCCAUCCUGCGCAAGAAGUACAGGGAGAUUGAACGGUUAUAGAGGAUCACUGGACUGUUGUACUUAGAAGCUUGUGGGAUUUGCCUGAUUUAAAAACCCCCAAAUAACUCGAUGAUGCUGUUGUAUCAAACAACAAUCAUGGCAACAAUAUUAUUCAACUUUCUGGGGACCAAACAACAAUGACCUUUGUGCAGACUAUAAGAUUGGUGCGAGAUUGGCUUUUGUUCCCAAUCUUAUUAAUGUUUUAUUUUGUCUAUUCAGACUGAAAUCUCUGACAAUCGUGCCUAAUCUUUGCAGAUUUUAAGGAUAAACAGCACAUAGCAAAUUCGUGGUCAAAGAAUGUACAUUUUCUAUUUAAAGCUUGCAAGAUGAUUGAGAAGUUCAGCUGAAUACAAAUUAGGUUUCUUUUUGCUUCUUUGUCUAAUUGUUGCAUCUUAUGUUUUAAUUAUUUCCAUGUGUGGCAUUUGUAUCCUGGUCAAAGUACAUCCAAUAAGAACAUAAAAGAAUAUUGUGCAUCAAUUAAAUGUUGUUGCACAUCAUGGCAGGUAAUUUAAAGCAAUUCUCAAUCAUGCCCGGUGUUGUCUAUUUGCAAUUAUACAUCAGACUAGUUUGAAAAAAGCAAGGUGAACAGGUAUUGAUGGCUGAUUUGUACCAGGUAAAUUCUAAGUUGGAUAAAACUAUUACUCUGGAAUAACAACGUUAUGUGAAAAUAUUGCCACGAUCAGAAUUUGAUACACUAAUGAACCAGAAGCAGAAAUCAGUAUCAAAUAACAUUAUAUUUUGAUAUAGCAAUUACUAUUCUUAGUAUAUACAAUUUACAGUAUUUCUUGCUUUGUGAUCUAAGUAACUACAAUGGGUAAGACUAAUAGGAAUGCCCUGCAGCCCUCUGCUUUCAGUUUCUCAUGGUUCCACAUCAAUAACAUGGUGAAAAAUUAUCCGAACCCUGGGAAUGCAGCUUAAAAAUAAGUACAUCAUAAAUCCAAAAUGAACAAGUCAGAUUUGAAAAUGCAUGGUCCAAGGCUGCUUUUGCUAACAGAGGUUGAGUACCCUUUAUCCAAAAUUUCAAAAUCCAAAGAUAGAGGGAUGCAAAAUUAUGUGGGGUACAGAUAGGUCAACUGCAAGCAGGCUUUUUCCACUGAGAAUGGGUGUGACUAGAACUAGAGGUCAUAGGUUAAGGGUGAAAGGUAUAGAGUUUAAGGAGAACAUGAGGGAAAAGUUCUUCACUCAGAGGGUCAUUAGAGUGUGGAACAAGUAUGCUCAAUUUCAACAUUUAAGAGAAGUUUUGAUAGGUAUGUAGAUGGUAGGGGUACAGAGGGCUAUGGUCCUGAUGGGAGUAGGCAGUUUAAUUGGCUUGGCACAGACUAGGUGAGCUGAAAGGCCUGUUUCUGUGCUGUACUUAUCUAUGACUCUAUGAAAACCUCCAAAAUCUGAAAUUUUUUUGAACGCUGACAUUAUGUCACAAAUGGAAAAUUCCACAAGGCACUGGGAAGCUUCCCAGGCAAUGCACAGAUCUUGGUGCAUCACAGACGGUUCUGAGAAGUGACGUCGUGAACAGAAGUUAAUGAAAAAUAGAAAAACACUGCAUAAAGAAAAGAAUAAAGACCUCAAUCAUGUAUUGAAAGAGUGGAUUCAUCAGCGUCAGAGUGAACAUAUGCUGCUUAACGGAAGGCAGAUCAUGAAACAAGCAAGGAUCUAUCAUUGAAAACUGAAAAUUGAAGGCAUUUGUGAAUAUUCAGCAGGCUGGUUGCAGAAAUUUAAGAAAAGACACAACAUUAAAUUUUAAAGAUUGAUGGUGAUAAAGCAAAUGCUGAUGAUGAAGCAGCAGAAAAAUUCAUUGGUGAGUUUGCCAAGAUAGUCGCUGAUGAAAAUCUGAAGUAUAAGACAAAGACUGCAUAACGGUAGCACAUAAAUUUAGAAUCAGAUAUAAUGGUGAUUCCAAAAUCUGAAAACAAUCUGAAAUCCAAAACACUUCCAGCCCAAGUAUUCUGGAUAAGGGAUACUCAACCUGUAUUUGUAACGAUGAGCUUGUCUAGGUGACUGGUUGUUUGCGAGCUGCAUUCAUUUUCAUUCUUUCAUCAAAGCAUGUAGAUUAACUUUAUGAAUUUUUUCUGUCUCUCUGCAAAACCUUUCAAAGAAAAAUACCCACAAGAUUCAUUUUAAAUUUGGUUUUACUAAUAGGUGAUAAUACUAAGAAAUAAAUUCAAUACAUAGAUGGCACUUUAUGAUGCUACUGGCUUUUCAUUAUGAAUGUAUAUUAUACCCAAAUGCCAGUAUGAAGCAUCCACAUGUUCAUUUUGCUUCAUCACUGACAAAAAGAUUUAUCAUUGCUAUAAUUGUGCCUCUCAUAGUGAGAAAUUGUUUCCUUAAUGCAAUAGAAGUAACAAAGUUAUGACAAAAAUGUAUCAUUACUAAGUAAUAAUUCAAUGACAAAAAUGUAGCAUAACUGAUAGAAGUCCCAACGCAUGGUUUUGACCAAAGUAUCAACAAUUCUUCCCCCAUCCGCCCCCCCCCCCAAUACUUCUCAACCCACUGAGUUCCUCCAACAAAUUAUUUGUUGCUUCAUUACUGACAGACUUUUGGUUUAAUUUGAUCAAAUAUAUAUUUGCAUAAAAAUCACGGAGCAGCAGAAAAAGUUGAAGUUAACUUUAUUGGGUUGCUAUUACAUCCACAACCUUAUAUCAAUCAUGUCAAAUCACAUUGGUGGAGGAUAUAUUCAAGAGAAUUUCUUCUGUAAAAUGUAUCUUUGGAGUAAUCUGUAGGUGUUAAUAACCAAUUGUCUUUUCAUUUAUAAACAGUAGCCAAUGGGUCAUGUUUGAUCAGUUUACAUCACUGUAAUGAAACUGAUAACUAAAUUGUUGAUUCCAAUCUCAUUUCCUUCUAAACCUGUUUCCUGAAUUAAUCGUUAGUUCUUUUUGUCAAUCUCAACAUUAUUUAUUGAAUACGAAUUUAAUCACAAGGACCAAUGUCCAAAAAUCAGCUUUGAAAUUCAUUUUACGUUUUUGACUGAUGAGAUUAUUUCCUUUGAGUUGCAUCUCUCCAGUAGGGUACUGACUGGUAACUUCUCUUGCAAUUAAGACAGACAGAAUUUAACAGUCAUGGGUUUUCUGGUCAAAUCCUGUCACUUUCAGAGAUGGUCUUGGGGACUUUUGGUUUGGUAAAUAUAUACAGUGAAUAUGGAAACGUGCAUGAAAGUCUCAAAGAAGCACAAUUGCCAUCAUGUUGUGUUCUAUCAGUUAAGAAUGGAAACACUAUUUUAGAUCUCAACUUUGAAUACACAAGGAUCAGCAGAUUUGGGUGGAGUGGGCUUGGUGAGCCAACCAUAGAGAGGCCUCUGCAAGCACACUCAGACCAGUAAAGAAGCAGAGGAAAAAGCAGUGCAGAAAGAAACAGUAGUCUCCAAGCAGCUUGAUUACUGCCUUCCUUCUGCUUCAUUAAGAUGUUGGCCCCAAUCCAGUUCAAUCCUUCAGCAAGCAAGUGACCUCAGGCCUACUUGGGGACCAUUUCCUUACUAGUUAGUUGUCCCACUCCCUCAGACAGUUUAAAAAUCCAAGUAAUCAAUUCAUUCCUCAGCAACUGCAGUAGAACUUUCAUACAGAAAUCAGCAACAGCACAGCUUGAGCAAACAUUCUGAGCAAGUGGCUGCUACAUGGACAGCGUGUUUCCAAAAACUCACACAGGGACAGUUAUAUCCUGAUAAUAUGUAUAUUCUGCAUAGGCAUGCAUUAAUAACUGGAACUACAAAGACAAGUAAUUGAAUACUUGAAUGCAAUUAGGUUAAGUCUUUCUCAGAAGCAAUCUUUGCAACCCUAAUUAUUGCUUUAUUUUUGGAAAAGCAUUUUAAGCUUAAGAAAGAUAAACCAUGGCUUGCAUUUUCACAAUUGUUUUAUUUUUCUUUAAGUUGUGUUCCUUCCUGCUGACUAUCUUAACCUUCCACGGCAGGAUCUGAUUUGUUUUCCCGUUUGAGCUUCCACUUAUCAGAUCAGCAUCCCGAGCAGCAGAUCAGUAUUGUUUCCUGAUUUAAUUAUGCAUUAGUUUUAAUAUUUAAUUCUACAUUGUAUGUACAUGAUUAGCUAUUAUUGAUAUUAAUUCAUUACAGAAUUUGUACAGCUUCUGGUUUCUGAGUAACUAUUAAUUUAACAGGUUUAGAUCAGCAGGGUGUCCAUUCUUGAUAGUGAAUUUUGAUGAAAUAAUUUUAAAAUGAACUGGAAACUGAAUUAAAUUUGGGGUUAUGACAGUUCCAAAUUAAUUUUUGGAACGACUAUAGAUGUUUCUUAAAUUAGAAUGUGCACUGCCGCACCCAAGCCAUAUGCUGAAAUACUAUGUUAGAAUGGUUCUCAGAAGUCAAAAACAGGAUCAACAUGUUCUUGCACAGUCUAUGCAUCUGAGGCAUAUAAAGGAUUGUCAUCGCAGGAUGAGUUUGAGAGCGAAUCUCAUUUAAAGGUAUUACUGUUCAUUUUAACAUUUGAAGAUACAAUCAAAUAUUUUCUCAUUUAGGUUUUCCCUGACUGCAUAACUUAAAUGCCACUGUCCAUCUCUUGCUUUGGUGAAUGUUUUAAGUAUUUUCUUGCUAGAUUUGUUCAUUUUGAAUCUUUUAUGAGUUGUGCCUUUGUUGAGCUUUAUUUCACUGUGGUCUGAUUUUAUAACAUGCUGGGCUAUUAGGAGUCCUGACAGAUAUGCUGUUUGUGAUUUCAAAACAAGCAAUGAUUCCCUAAGCCAAUUUUAAUCCCAGAUGAGCAAGGAUGAGAUCCAUCAACAGAAAACCCUUUGAAAUAUUGGGUUCCACAUUCACAUUCUUGCUUAGUCUGGCUUACAGCAAACCUACCAUUGCAUGUGGUCAAAUUGCAGUGCCGAAUCAGGAGGUGUGAAAUGUAACUCAACUUCCCACUUUGCUUAUGUAGAGCAAAUUGCAGAAACUUUUUAAAUAUGGAAACAAUAAAUAUUGUAAAUGCCAAUUUUCUAUAUAUGACUUAAAUUGUUGAAAUAAAAUGAUCUUUUUCUAAAUCAAA